AUGGAUAUUGGGAAUCACACCAGUGUGUCAAAGCUCAUCAUUUUGGGGUUAACGAAGGAUCCUACAUUGUGUAUCAUUUUCUUUGUGAUAUUUCUAGGGAUUUAUGCUAUUACCUUAACUGGCAAUACCAGCAUAAUUAUUUUAAUAAGAAGCUGUUCCCAGCUGCAAACUCCCAUGUACUUCUUCCUCAGUCAUUUGGCCUUUGUGGACAUUGGGUUUUCCACCUCAAUCACACCUAUAAUGGUUGUAGGAUUCCUGACACAUGGAAUAGCCCUCCCUGUGGCUGGCUGUGAAGCACAGCUUUGUUUUGGGGUCCUGUUUGCAACAACUGAAUGCUUCCUGCUAGCUGCCAUGGCCUAUGAUCGCUAUGUGGCCAUCUGCUCUCCCCUGCUCUAUUCCACCCACAUGUCCCCUGGAGUCUGCAUGGUCUUACUGGGAGUGUCCUACCUGGGUGGUGUUGUGAAUUCUUGGUCAUUCGCCAGUUGUUUAUUGAGUCUUUCUUUUUGUGGACCAAAUGAGAUUGAUCAUUUUUUCUGUGAUCUCUCCCCUUUAUUGAAACUUUCCUGCUCAGAUAUCUCCACUGUAGAAAGGAUUCCUUCCAUUUCUUCUGGGCUGGUUAUUGUGGUUACGGUGUUUGUCAUCUCUCUCUCUUAUAUUUACAUCCUCAUCACAGUCCUGAAGAUGCGUUCCACAGAAGGGCGACACAAGGCCUUCUCCACCUGCACCUCCCACCUCACUGCUGUGACUCUUUACUAUGGAACUAUUUUCUUCAUUUAUGUCUUGCCCAAAUCCAGCUACUCUACAGAGCAGAAUAGAGUGAUAUCUCUGUUCUAUACUGUGGUGAUUCCCAUGUUAAACCCACUCAUCUACAGUCUGAGGAACAGAGAUGUGAAGGAGGCCCUGAGAAAGACAACUUUUGGAGUGUUUUCCUAA